GUUCCCUGCUAGUUAUAGAAUUGAAAAUUGCGCAGAAGAAGUGGCGAACGCAGUUUGAGCGUUGCAUCGUUGCCACAAAGAUGACAUCGUUUGGGUUCCUGAAAUCCACCAUAUUCGACAAAGAAGAGAGAAAACAGCAGUAUCAGUCGCACAUUCGAGGCCUCAAUGCAUACGACCGUCACAAAAAAUUCAUCAACGACUACGUCAAUUACUAUGGGAAAGAUAGGUCUUCAAACCUAAAGUUGCCUAUCAAAACAGAUCAAGAUACACUAAGAGAAGGAUACAGAUUCAUCCGGUCAGAGGAAGAUGAUAUGGAUCCUUCAUGGGAACAAAGGCUGGUGAAGCGUUAUUAUGACAAGCUUUUUAAGGAAUACUGCCUAGCUGACAUGUCACAGUACAAGAGUGGUAAGAUUGGUCUCAGGUGGCGGACAGAGAAGGAAGUAAUGUCUGGCAAGGGCCAGUUCAUAUGUGGCAACAAGAAUUGCAAUGAGAAAGAUGGGUUGGCAAGCUAUGAGGUGAACUUUUGUUACUUUGAAGCUGGAGAAAACAAACAAGCCCUAGUUAAAUUGGUAACAUGUGAGAGAUGUGCAUGCAAACUCAACUACAAGAGGCAAAAAGAAAAGGAGCAGUUAGAGAAAAGACAACUAGAACAGGAUAGACGAAAGAGGAGUCGUUCAAAGAGUGAUGAUGAUCUAGAUGACUUUCAAGAAAGCAAAGAGAGAAGGCGAAAAGGGAAAAGGGCUUUGACUUCAGCCAGUGAUCAUAAAAUUGAUGAUGAUGAUAACUUAGAUGAGUUUCUUGAGGGGAUGUUUCCCUGAUCUUGGCUGAUUGGUUGUCAUACCUAAAAGUGCUUCCUGACGCUGAAGUUGGGCAAAUAGAAAAAGGUUAGGCAAUGGUGGAGACGAGUGGGUGAUCUGCAGGUUCCUGCCUAAAAUAUAGAACAUGGUGACCACGAAUGCUUUUGACGAACUUAUUCGCCUUGAACACUUCAAAAUUAUUUCCAUUUAUUCAGACUAUUUGUGUAACAUGCUAGGCGAGUUUGUUUGUAUGCUGUACAGCUUGUAUAGUCUUUUUAUAUCUGUUACAAUAUAUAAAGGAGAAAUAGAUUUUUUUUAUAAUA